ACAAUCAUAACAUCAUCAAUUUUUUCUUUGAUUUACAUUCUUCUCUUUAUUCCCACCUACUAUCAUACCCACCACUAAGCAACCUCCACAAUUCCACAGUAACUCUCUCUCUCUCUCUCUCUCUCUCUCUCUCUCUCUCUCUCUCUCUCUCUGAAGGCUCAAUUGGCACAACCUUUCUCUUGUGAAAAAUGCUUUGCUAAUUUAUAGAUUGAUCCUUUAAAACUUCUUCUAGAAUCCACAGAUUUGCAGAAAUAUAGUUGCAGAAGCAGGCCUCCAAUGUAUUGUUAUUAGUCAAUCUGCUAUCUGAGAAAACUACAUCUUCUGCAUAGGUGUGCUCUCUCUCUCUCUCUCGCUCUCUCAUUAAACCUCUUACAUUGCUUUAAACACCCACGUUUUAAGCAUGAAAGCAAACUUGUCUAGAAUAUUACAUUGAUCACUUCAUCAAUCGUCUAUAUCAACUCUGUUUCUGUUCUGUUCUACCAUUCUUCUAGCUUUCUUGCUUACCAAACAGAAAAUAUUAGAAUAUCCUCAAGGGGAAGAAGCUAUAUUCUGAUCUGAUGGAAUCAUUCAAUCAGACAACUGGGUUCCGGUACAACCUGAAUUCGAACACAAUAGGUGAUGUAAAUGGUGAUUCUGAUCACUUUUCAGGGAUUCUUGAAAUCUAUGCUCAUCAUGCUAGGAACAUUCACAACAUAUGCAUCUAUGAAAAUCAAGAUGUCUAUGCAAAAUUUUCUCUUACUUACAAUCCAGAUGAGACUCUCUCAACUAGGAUCAUCAAUGGAGGUGGCAAGAACCCCGAAUUCAACGAAAACUUGAGGAUGAAAAUAACUCAACUUGAUGCUGUCCUCAAAUGUGAGAUUUGGAUGCUUAGCAGGGCCAGAAACUACAUGGAAGACCAGCUUUUGGGAUUCACUUUGGUCCCAAUUUCACAUGUGAUUGGCAAAGGAAAGGUAACUCAAGAUUAUAGUCUGUCUUCCACUGAUCUCUUCCAUUCCCCAGCUGGAACUGUCAAAUUGAGUCUUUCUCUCAACACAUCUUUGCCUAUUAAACCCUCCACCAGUUCGUUAUCCGAAUCAUCUGCUAACUCAUCCAUAACUUCAGAAGUUGUGUUGCUUGAUCGAAAAGUAUCAGAAGUGGUAUUAGACCCGGGUGAGUAUUCGAGGAUCGAAUUCCCGGAUAUCGAUGUAGCAAAUGAGAGUCAGCAAAUGGUGGCUGAGUAUUUUAACUUGACAAGGCAUGGCUGUGCUUGGAGACCUGGUUCCCAAGGACUUGGCUCGUUUCUUCAUCUCGGUGCAUCUCCUCAGCCUGCUGCUGAUCGUGACUAUGAAAUGACUGUGAGUUCAAAUGUGGGAAUCCAGGGUGAACCUGUUUCUCCUAAUGGGAGUGGGAGCAUCCACAACUCUGGCUUCUUAAGUUCCACCACAACAAGCUUGAGUGAUGAUCGAAACUCCGCUGAUUCAAUCGAGAAAAAGAAUCGUGUGACCGCUGAGUCAUCAAAUUCUAUCAACACUUGUGUCACCACAGGAGCAGCUAAUCAAGGGUCUGCUGCUUGUCCAGACACUCCAACGUCAAGGAAGGGAAGAGAAGUUGUAGACACAAAGGAUGCAAAUUUCUCAGGAAAGGAAGACGAAAGCAGCAAGGAAAAGACGGUUGGUUCUGGUCAAUACGGUCAGGUGUUUUCAGCUCCACUCGGGAACAUCAACAUGGAGGCUGCCGAGCAGUCUGCAAUGCAGCAACAAAUAGUGGACAUGUACAUGAGAAGCAUGCAACAGUUUACUGAGUCUUUGGCAAAGAUGAAGCUCCCAAUGGAUCUUGAUAAAGCAGAAUGUGAAGACCGCGGCGAAGUGAUUCCUAACCAUAACAACAAUUUAGAACUUGAUAAGAAGAAGGAUGGAUCGCGGGUGUUCUAUGGUAGCCGAGCCUUCUUCUGACUGCUAAUUGAGAUGCUGCAGGGGUUGAGGGCAUAAGUUUAUUUAGCAGGACAAAAUUGAGUUUAAUCUAUCCAAAACUGAUUUUCAUAGGCUGCAAUAUUACAUUUGAUGAGAUAUUUGGCUUCAUUUUAGUCAUGUUUAACUUGUUUCCCUGGCCGAUGUAUGUGAAUACUUUUCUCUUCAAAUUCAGAUGCAGUUGUUGCCUUAACUACAACAAACAACACCAGAUGUUAAUCAUCUGUUAAGCAGAAGCAGUCAUGGUCAUUGUAAUGUAAUUUUAAAUUUGAUUACUUAAAAAGAAAAAAGAAAAAGUGAUUUUCA